AUGAGGAAGGAAUAUAUAUCGAACAAGAAGGUUUAUGAGCUGCUAUCACAAGGAACGUAUGAGGGAUAUGAAGAAGAAAUAAAAACAAUUUUUGAAAGACGAUAUAUGAAUAUCUUAAGUUAUUUAUGUCCACCUAAUAAGAGGAGUUUCGAAGACGAGAUCAUAUCAUUAAAAAUACAGAAAUAUAUAAAUGAAUAUUUGAGUUUUAGUAAUUCAACAUCUUAUUUUUUUGGUUUUUCAAAAGAGUUAAUUUUUCAUUGUUUAAAGAUAUAUUUUACAGAUAUAAAAUAUGAGGAGGUUGAUGUUAUGAAAUCAUGUAAGCAUGUGAGUAUGAUGGAUAGUGAGGACACAUAUAAUAAUAAUAAUAAUAAUAAUAAUGAUGAUGAUGACAAAUAUAAUAUUGAGAGUGAUGAAGAAUUAAUAGAAAGAAUAAAAAAGAAUGCAGACGCUUUAAAUAUGGAGAAACUCCAUUUAUUAUACUGUGAUGAAUAUUUUUAUAUAUUUAAGAAUAUAUUAUAUGUAUUAAAAAGAUGUGAAGUGUUUUAUUUUUAUACGAAUUAUAAAGUUGAAGAAUUUUCUUAUGAGAAAAAUUUUUUAUAUGAUAUAUUUUAUAUCAUAGAAAAGAAAAUUAAUAUUCAGGAUUUAAUUCAAAUAUAUUAUGAUACAUAUAAAGAUACAAAUAAUUAUUUUGAUUUAUUAAAAAAUAUGGAUAUAGAAAAUAUAGUAUGGAUAUAUAAAUAUAUUUUAUUAUUUUUAAAUAUACAAAUAUAUUGUAUUAAUAUAUUUUUGUAUUUACAAUUACGAUUAAAUAUAUUAUCACAAAGUAAUAUAAAAUCAUAUUUACAUAUUUUUUUAACUUUCCCAAAAUUAAGUUUAUCGAAUACAUAUAUGAAUGAAGAUAUAAUAACAAGUACCUUACAACAAAAAGAAUAUUCUGUAAUUUUUUUUAUAUGUUCCUUAUGUAAUAUAAUUACUUAUGAAGAUAUACAUAAAUAUGUGAAUUGUUGUUUAUCUAUAAAUUUAUUUAAAUUAUUUUUUUUCUUUAAAAAAAAUUACCAUACCAAUGAUAAUCGUAAUUAUUAUGAGCAUAAUAUAAAAAUGUUGUCUGGAUCUUUACAUUAUUUUCUGGAUAUUUUAAAAAAUUUUAUUUUUAUUAAUGAUAACUUUGUUUAUAAAAGGAUAUUAAUUCAAAUAUUGGAGAAUUCGUUAUGUACUUAUUCAAUCCAACCCGUAGAUUUUCACAAUAUGUUAUUUGAUAGUAUGGGUUUUGGUACUCCUCACUCGAAAAAUGAAAAUGAAAAUGAAAAUGAGAGAUUGUAUAGAAGAAAUGUAGAAUUUAAUGAUGCGGAUAUAUACAAGAAAAAUGGUAAUAUUAAAAAUGUGAACCAUGGGUGUGAUGAACAUGAUGGUAAUGUUAGUUACUUUCAAACACCUAAUACUACGAACGAUUAUAACAAGGAACUUCAAAAUGAAGAAUAUAAUUUAGAUGUUUCAAAUUUAAAUAACAUGUUUGAAGAUGAGGAUAGAUACAAAACGAAUCAAGAUGUAAAUAUAAAUAUAAAUAUUUCUCUUGUUAAAAAUAUGAAAAAACAUAUUGAACAGAAAGAAUUUUUUAAAAGGAAUAUUAAUAAGAAUCUUUUUUUAAAUGUAUGUAUAUUACUUUUUAAAAAACAGAAUUUUCUUUUAUAUACUCAUGAUAUAAAAAAAGAAUAUAAGAAUAUAAAUACAUGUCUUGAAUAUUUACAAAACGAUAAUUACCAAUAUGACAUAUAUUCUUUGAAAUAUUUUUUACAUAAUUAUGAUUAUAAAGAAACAGAAAUUAUUACCAAUUUUAAAGAAAAGGAAAAAAGUUUAUGUCCAUUCAUAUCAGUCGAAAGCAAAAAUAUAUUAUUAGAAAUAUCAUCUCUUUUUUUUUCUUUUGAUUAUUUAAAAGCUUAUACAGAAGAAAAUAAUAUUUAUGGUGAUAAUAAUAAAAAAAAUUUUAAAAUUAAUAAUAUUUAUAAUAUUAUCGAUAAAGAGAAGAAAAAAAAUGAAAUAAAAAAAAAAAAUAAUAAUGAAAUGAAAAUAGAAAGAAAGAAAGAAAAAAAUAAUAAUGAAAUGAAGAUAGAAAUAAAUAAAGAAAAAAAUUUUAUAGAUAAUACCAUAUUACAUCCAGUUAUUUUAUACAACGUAAAUAGAUUAUUGUUGGAUUUUUUUUAUGAUAAAAUAAGUAAAGCAUCUAUACAAACUUUAAUAAUAUUUAACCACAAUUUAUUAUCAAUAUAUAGAAUAUUAAAAACAUUAAUAGGUACGAAUACAAAUUUAAUAAAUUUUAAUGAAGUUACAAAAAUUGUUGAAAAGUUAGCACAAGAAGAAGGAAAUAUUACAAAGAAAAACCAUAAAAAUAUACAUAUGGUUAUAUUAGAAGAUACAUUAUAUUAUAAAAUAAUAUAUAUAUUAAGAAAAAAAAAUAUAAAUAAAGAUACAAUAUAUAUAACCUAUAUAGAAUAUUAUUAUAUCCUCUUAGAUUAUUUUUGUAAAUAUUUUUAUAAUAAUAUGGAUAAUUACUUUAAAUAUAAUUAUAUGAAGAAAAGUACUGUAAGAAAAAAAUAUGUUAAAAAUAAAAAUAUAAAUGACACAAAAGGGCAUAAUAAAAAUAAUAAUAAUAAUAAUAAUAUAUAUGGUGAUGAUGAUGAUAAUAAUAUAUAUUGUCAUGAUGAUGAUGAUAUAUAUUGUCAUGAUGAUGAUGAUAUAUAUUGUCAUGAUGAUGAUGAUGAUAAUAUAUUUAUAUUUUUUGAAAAGAUAGUUAUAUUUUUUUGUAACAUUUUACAAAUAAAUAAAUGCUUUCAUAUACUUAUAGAAAUAAAAUUAAAUUAUUAUUUUAAGAUUCCAUACGAUAUAAAGAAUACAUUUAUUAAUUUAUUUACAUAUUUAUUUUUUUUUUCCUUAAAAGUUCAAGAAUUCUCAAGGUUUCAAAUUAUGAUAGUACGAUGUUUAUCUUUUUUAUUAAAAAAAAAAAAUAUUAAUAAAUUGAAUGCUUACAUUUUUCAGUUAUUUUCCUAUUUAGAAAAUGAUCAAAUAAAUAUAAAUGAAAAAGGGAUGGUACAUAGGAAGAGUUCAAAAUAUCAUAGAAAUAAUCAAGAAGAGUAUUCACAUAAUAACAAAACGAAUGAUAAUAGUGUUAGUAAUUUAUAUCGUGAUAUAGAAAAUGAAUAUGAUGAAAAUCAUUUAGAAAGAAGAAAAGACAGAAAUGUAUUUUCUUCUAAUAUGAAUGAUGAUAAAAAAUAUAACAAUCUAUCUGAUUUUAAAUACACAAAAGAAAAUAUGGAUAUAAAAGAAAACUUUAGGAUUGACAUAUCGUUUUUGAAAAUAUUUUUUUUGCUUAAUGAUGUAAGACAAAUCAAUUUAAAUGAAUCUAAUGGAAGGAAGGAUAAGCUUGAGAGUAAAGCAAAGAGGCGAAUACAAAAAUUAGAUGUUCAUAGGUACACAUAUAAUGAAAAUGAUAAUAAUAAAUAUAAUGAUGGGAAUACAUUUUUAUCAUCACAAGAUGAGGAAAAAUCAAAGUCGUUUGAUUCUAGUGAUUCUUGUUCGGUCGACGAAAAGGAAUCAUCAAAAGGGUUAUAUGGAAAUGAUUUUGUUAAUUCAAGUGAUCAUAAUAAUAAUAGUAGUAAUAAUAGUAGUAAUAAUAGUAGUAAUAAUAGUAGUAAUAAUAGUAGUAGUGGUCGUAAUAAUAGUAGUGAUGAAGUAGUAGUAGAUCCUUAUGAUUAUAACAACUAUUAUGAAUGUAAAGAUAGUAACAAAUUUGGUGUUGUAGUAAAUUAUUUUUAUGCACAUCUUCCAAAUUUUGAAAAAAGUUAUAAUAUAAAUUAUGUAGUAGAAGACAUAAGCUUUGAUGAUAUAUUUUUAAUAAGUAUUAUGGAUUUGUGGGAAACAAAUAAUAAUAAUAAUUUAUUAAAUUUGAUUAAUGAUUUGCUAAAAAUUUAUGAAGAAGAAAAAAAGAAGAAAAUAUAUAUUUGUACUAGUUUACUUUUAAAAAUAUUUAAAAGGAUUAUUAAAAAGAAAAGUAAUUCAUAUUUUUUAUUUAAUAUUUAUAAAGCUUUUGAAAAUGAUAUAAAAUUAAUAUUAGACAGUAUUAAUAUUCUAAUUAAAAAAUGGGUUGUAUGGACUUUUAAAAAUUGUGAUAAUAUAUUUAAUAGAGAAAAAAAUAUUAAUAUUAAAAAGUUGGUUAAAUUAUUUUUUAUUUCAUUUUAUAAAUAUUUAAAAAAUUAUUUUUUACAAAUUUAUUAUCAUUUUUUUUAUAAUAAUCAGAUAUAUAAUAGAAAGAAUUACAAUUUUGAUAAUUUCUUUUUUUCUAUUUUUUCAAAAUAUAUUAAUAAAAUAUUUGUAGAAAUUUAUUCCUCAUCAUCUUCUUCGACGUCUUCGAAUUCUUCUUUUGUUUUUAAUGUAUCCAAGUUUUAUAUGAUGAAGAUGUGUAUAUCUAUUAUUAAUAAUAUGAUUGGUGUUGUGAAAUAUAUAAACUUGGAGAGAGUUAAGCAAGUUUUUUAUGAGCAUAAUAUUAUGAUGGAUGUCCAUAUGAAAAGUCAUCUUCAUCACGAUAUUGAUGUGUACUAUGGUCAUGAUAAUUCUUAUAACAACAUUUAUCAAAAAAUUAUAAAAAGUUACAGAGGAGAAGAAAAAGACACCUUAGAUGUUAUAAACACCGAAUCAGUUCACCAAAAUAGGAAUGAAGAUGAUAUAGAUGGUUCUAUAAAUAGUUUAGAUGUAUUUAACGAAAUUAUGAGAAAUAUUAUUAUUAAUCAUAAUAGUUUAAUUAAGGAUCAUAACGAUAUGUGUACUAAAAAAAAAAGAAUUAAUAUUUUCCAAAUAUCCUCUCCUGCGACAUCUGAACAACUUAUGAAUAAUCAUUACACGAUGAAUUAUUUAACAGAUGUAAUGUUGUUACAAAAGGAUUAUAUAUAUAAUAUUGAUAAUAAUAUGAAUGAACACAAGCAAAAUGUUUUUAAUAAACCAUUUGAUAAUAAUAAUAAUAAUAAUAAUAAUAAUAAUUUUAUGUUAAAUUAUUUUAAUUACAUUCCAGAGAAUAACAAUAAUAAUUAUCGCAUGGAUAUAAAAAAAAGAUACCCUCCUGAAUCUUAUGAUAAUAAUUAUUAUAUGUUUAAUAAUAUUAAAAACGAAGAAGAAAAUAUACUAUUACAAAAUAAUAGCAUGUCAUCAAGUAUUUAUAUUGAUAAGAAAUUAAUGAAGGAUACUAAAGAAAUGGAACCAUUAUUUAAUAAAACAAAAGAUAUGAAAAAUUAUAAUGAAGAACAAAAAAAUAAUGAACUAAUCUCAUAUCCAUAUAAUAAUAUGUUACAAAAUAAUAUUAUUUUUGUGAAAUUCUUUCUAUAUACACAAAAUUUAUUACAAAUUAUAUUUCAAAAUAAUUAUAUAUUUUUUUUGAGUGAUUUUCUUUUUAUAAACUAUAAAAAGAAAGAAUACAUCGAGGAAAAGAAAAAUGGAAAUCAAAAUGUUAUAAAUAUAAAGGAUGAAGAUAAACAUAUUACAAAUAUAAAGGAUGGAGAUAAACAUAUUACAAAUAUAAAGGAUGGAGAUAAAAAUAUUACAAAUAUAAAGGAUGAUGAUAAAAAUAUUACAAAUAUGAAAAAAAAAAAUAAUAAAAAUUAUUUAACUAUACUUAUGUAUAAUUCACAAGAAUGUUCAUUUUAUUAUUCCAUAUUUAAUACAUUAAUAAAUGAUUAUAAUUUCUUAUAUUAUAGUAAAAAAUAUGAUCCUGAUUUAUUAAACUCUUUUCUAAUGAACACACAUAAAAAAAAUAAAGGAUAUUCAAAAUUAUAUAAACAAAUUGUUAAUAAAAUUAUAUAUAUGUAUUCUUUACUUUUGAAUAUAUAUGCCAAUUUCUAUUUUAUUAAAGAAAUCCAUGAUAUAGCAACGAAUAUAUCGAAUCAAAUAUUUUCACUUUUCGAUACCUCUCAUUUUUUGUUGAACCUCUUUCCAAAAAAUUUAUAUAACAUGGUUGAAGGGUAUAAUGUUGUGAGCAAAUCCCUAAAUAACGACAUUUUGUACAAAAAAAAAAAAGGAGAACAUGUUACCAGAGAGAAUUUAAGCUUAUCCCUACUUUCGUUUUUUUUAGAGGAUUAUAAGAGUAGCUGUUUUUUAUAUGAGAGUUUAAAUACAUUUUUUAAAAUAAACAAUUUUAAUAAUAUAUAUUUUUUGUGUAAAUAUAGUAGUGGAUAUUUACCUUUGGAAAGGAUCAUAAAACUUUUUAUGGACGUUAUAUUUGGUCACUUUAUUAAAUUUAUAAAUAUAAAUGAAAACAUAAAUGAUUAUGAACUUUUGGAAGUAUUAGAAUAUAAUGGUAAUAAAUGUUAUGAGCUUUUAAGGUUUCUAUUUUUUUUUAUUAAGCAAAAUGAUUUAAUAACUAUAAAUAUAUAUAAAUAUAUAUUUGAUAUAAUCAUGUGUAUUUUGGAGCAGUAUAUAGCACAUGUUAAUUAUUAUAUAUACAAAGGUAAAGCUUGGGAUGUAUUUUUUAAUAAGUUGAAAAUAUUGAAUUUAAGUCUGCAUUUUGUAAACUCUAUAUAUUUUAAUAUAUUUUGUGAUGAUAUAAAUGCAGAGAUCAAAAGAGAAAAUGAUAAUAAUAAAAGUAAUGAUAAUAAUAAUAAAAAUAAUCAUAAUAAUAAUAAUAAUAAAAAUAAUCAUAAUAAUAAUAAUAAUAAAAAUAAUGAGAAAACACAAAACGUUGAUGAACAAAGAAGGUCCAGAUUAUGGAAUAUUGUAGAAUGCUUAUUUUAUAAUGUUAUAAACAAAUUACAUGUAAAUUCCAUAAAUUGUUUAAAAAAAAAUAAAUUAGGAUCAUAUAAAUGUGAUGAAGAGUUUCCAAAAGAAUUAAAUUGUAAAAGAUAUUUUUUAAAUUAUAAUAAAGAUUUUAAAAAAGAAAUAUAUUAUUAUUUAUACAAUUUAAAUAUAGCUAGUGAAAUAUUUGAAUUAAUUAUUAAAGCAAUUUAUAUUAAUGAAACGAAAAUAUAUCCUUUAAUCAUAAAUAUUUGUUAUGAUAGAAAUAUAAGUAAUAUAUUUUUUAAUAUUGAUUAUGAUAACCUAAAUAGUAUUUUAGAAAAAUAUACAUAUUUACAUAAAAAGAAAAAGGAUCAUAUUAAAAAUUUAAAAUAUUUAUUAUGUAAAAAUAAAUCUAUACAUAUGCAUAAAUAUAUCUCUUAUAUAGAUGAUGAUCAUCUUAUAAAUAAUAUGUUACAUUUAUUAAGAAGAAAAAAUAUAUAUUAUAAAUAUGUCCUUAAUAUUAAUGAAUAUAACAACUUCUUAGAUAAUCACAAAUGCAAAAGAAAAAGGAAAUUUAUAAAUUAUAAUAAUAUCCAAAGUAGUUAUAAUAAUAAUUAUAAUAUAUAUAAUAAUACAAAUAAUUUUUAUGAAUAUCAUGAUUAUAUUGCUAUAAAAAAUAUUCUACAUAAAAAAAUUGAAUUAUUAGAUGAUGAUUAUAUUUGUUCAAGGAUCUUAGAUACACAAUCUCAGAAAACGUAUGGAGAAAAAAACUAUUUAUUCGAUGUAAAAAAUUAUAUUUAUAAUAUGAAUUUUAUAAAUAAUAAUUAUCAAGAAAAUUCUUAUAUAAAUGAUGUUAUUAACGGCAAAAAAAAAAUGUUUACAUUACAAAUAUCAGAAUAUGAUAAACAUACUAAUUAUAAUAGUUUAUUUAUGGAUUGUGUACAGAACCAUCAUAAUAUAAAAAAAAUGAAUAGUACAAAUAAUAUGAAUCAUCAUAUUAAUACAAAUAAUAAUUAUCUUCAUAAUCAUAAUUUUAUAUCUAAUUAUAAUUCUUUUAAUGUACAUGAUAAUAAAAAAAUAUAUUCAUAUAAUGAAAAUUGUAAAUCGGAUGAAAUCAUGCAAAAAAAAAUUGAUAUGAGUAUUUGGAAAAAUAUCGAUUCUAUUUUCCCAGAAACAUUUAUAGAUUCUGAUAAACAACCUGCAUACAAUUUUGAUCCCAUAGAUUCUAUAAAUUUGGGUUCUUCUAGAUCGAACAAUGAAAAAAAAAAAAAAUAUAUUCAAAUAGAUAACCCUGUGAAAAAGGAAUGUCUCUUGUUAAAUAUAAAUUAUGAUAAACAUGAUAGCAUUGUUUAUAAUAAGUAUGAUAAUAUGUUUCAUUAUGACGAAUUACCGGAUAUUAAUAACAAUAAUAAUAAUAAUAAUAAUGAUAAUAAUAAUAAUACUUGUGUUAUUGAAGAUAUUAAGGAUAUAUAUGAAAAACGAAUGAACAAGAAUACAAAGAGGAAUAAGGAAAAGAAAGAAAAAAGAAAGUAUAUUUUUCUAAACAAUUUUAAUAAUAAUAAAGAGAAAAAGAUGAAAAAUAAUCAGAAAACAGUAUAUAGUAAUAAUAAUAUUAUGGGGGAAGAGUUUUAUAACGAAUUUUAUUUACAUAAUUUUAAAAAUGAAAUUAAAUGCAUGAAAUAUAUAAACCUUACACAAAGUUUAUAUGAUGUAAAAUACAGAUUAUUGUUAUUGUUUUAUAAAUUUAUAAUAAUACUUAAACAUAAAGAAUUAUUACAGAAUGAAAAUUAUAUAAAAGAAGAAAAAGAAUUUUUAAAGAAACAUCAUAUAAAAAAGAAUAUACCUUUCCUUUUUUUUAUAUAUGAAUUAAUGAUAACCUUUUUUAAUACAGCAGAAAAUAUAAAUAAAAAUACAUAUUAUUAUGUAUUAAUAAUAAAUAUUCUUGUAAAUUUAUUUUUAUUUAUAAAUAAAAGAGAUUAUGAUGAUGAAACUUGUAUGAGUAAUAUAAUAAAUAAUGAUAAUAACAAAAAAAAUAAAAAUAAUUUAAUUGAAAAUAAAAAUGAAAUAUAUAAUACCAAUAUAAAGUCUUUAAAAAAUGAUAAAGAAUAUAUAGAUAAUCAUUCAAAUUAUGCUAUGUUUUAUUGUGAUUUGUUUUGUGAUGAUUUUUUUAUAUCUAAUGGGAAAAAAAAUAAAGAAAAUGUUGUAUUUCAUACAUUACAUAAUAUGUCCCAUAAAGAAAUGUCUAAAUAUGAUUUGAUAGGAAAGAAUAAGUAUUUAGAAAAUUAUAUAAACAACUUAAUAUUAGAAAAGAAAAAGAAAAUAAAUAAUUUGAAUGUACAUAUUAAUAAGAAAAUGGAUAAUAAUAUAUUAUAUUCAUUUAUAAAUAGAAUAAAUGAAACACGUGAUAAUACAAAAAAGAAGAACAAAUUAUAUAUUAGACGUUAUUAUUUAAAAAAAUCCAUAAAAUAUAAUAAUCAUUUAUAUAAUAUGCCUAUCUUUUUAUCCUUAUUUCUUAGAUGUGUUACUAUACAUUUACAUUAUUUUAAAUUUUAUAAUAGUUAUAUAUAUUUUUUAAAACAUUAUAAUAUGUUACAUAUACCACAUGCCGUUCUUAAACAUUUAUAUUCAACACAUCAUUUUAAUAUAAAUCUUUUUGUUAAUAUGUUAGAAUUGUUUUAUGUCUUUAUACAAAUUUAUAAUAAUUAUUUUGUAAGCUUUUGUGAUAUAUCAAGUUGUCGUAAUAAGCAUGUCCAACGAGAUCAAAGAUGUCUGAACAAUAAUAAAAAUAAAUCUGAAGAUAAUGAAAAAAUAUAUUGUACUAAUAAUAAUGGUGAUGGAUAUGAUGAUGAUGGAUAUGGUGAGAAGAAUGUAUCUGGUAUAUACAAAGAAAAUAAUAAUAAAAUAAAUGUCAAAGGAGAUAUAUAUAAUAUUGAUAAUAUAAAUGUAUAUCCUUUAAACGGAAAACUUGUAAGUAUUUAUUUAAAUACCUUAAAAGAAAUAUUGAAAGAAUGUUAUGAAUGUCAUCUAGGUCAUAUGAAAAAUAAUGAAAAUAUGGAGAAAUCAUUUUUUAUUGAGCAUUUAUUAUUAUAUUUUUUAUAUAACCGAAUUAAUACAAUAUAUGAAUUGUUUUAUAAUUUUUAUUUUACUUAUUUAAGAAAAAAAGAAAAUAAUAAUGAUAUAUUAUUAGAUAUUGUUAAUGAACAUAUAUAUAAUCUUAUAGGAAAUAAAAUAUAUGAUCAAAUAAAUAAAAUAAAUAAUUUUCUAGACGAUAAACAAUAUUAUUAUUUCUAUAUUAAUACUUUGACAUUUAUAACAUUAAAUAAACAAAUAUGUAUAUAUAUAAUCAAAAAAAAAAUUUUAAACAAACUUAUUUAUAUACCUUUUAUAUAUCAUUCAUUAUUUGACAAAAAUAAAAAUUUCACAUCUAUAUAUCAUAUAAAUAAUAAUCAAUAUAUAAGAAACAAAGAUCAUAUAAUAUUCUGUUCAUUAAUUGUUUUUAUUAUAAAACUAUUAUAUGUAUUCGUAAAAAAUUUUAAACACAAAAAUGUGAAUUUUAAUAACCAUCAAAAUAAUAAGAACCAUGAAAAUGUUAAUACUAAUGUGGGACAUGUAUUUCAUUCAUCCUUUAUAUCGGAAAAUCCAUAUUAUCAUGUAACCAAGCAUCUAGAUUAUUAUAAUGACCAUACCUUUAUGGAGUCUAUGAAAGUUGCAACCAAUAGGAUUUAUGAAAAUCCAUACUAUAGGAAUUAUAAUAAAGAACCGUACACCUCUAAUGAACACAAAAUUUUAAAUAGUAAUAUGGAUAUUAACAAUAGUAAUCAUUUUUUAAGAAGUAAUGAUGAAAAUGUAAAAACAAACACAAAUACAAAUACAAAUACAAAUACAAAUACAAAUACAAAUAAAAAUUCUGAUACAGAUAAUCAUAAUGAUGCAUAUAAUCAUAAUGAUGCAUAUAAUCAUAAUGAUGCAUAUAAUCAUAAUGACGCAUAUAAUCAUAAUGAUGCAUAUAAUCAUAAUGAUGCAUAUAAUCAUAAUGAUGCAUAUAAUCAUAAUGAUGCAUAUAAUCAUAAUGAUGCAUAUAAUCAUAAUGAUGCAGAUAAUCAUAAUGAUACAGAUAAUCAUAGUGAUAAUUAUAAUUCUCAUAAAUAUAAAGGAACUUAUAAAAUUUAUCGUAUUCAUGAUGAGGAAGAUAUUAUUCAAGAUAAUAAUUAUACAAACGAUGAUUAUGUUAAUACAAAUUAUAAUUUUCAUCAAAAUAAUAAUUAUCAAAACAGCUCCAAGGAUAAUAGCCAUACUUAUACUAGUUCGGGUGAUGAUAAUUUAAAUAAUCCAUUUAUAUCUUUAAAUAAAGAAAAUAUAUCCAAAAAAAAAAAAAACAAAAAAACAAAUAAAAAUAGAGAAGAAGAAAAAAAAAAGAAAAAUGAAAUUAUACAUAAUGAAGUAGAAUAUUUCUUAGAAGCUAUUUUAAAUGUUGUAGGGAAAUUAUCAGAUCGUAUUAAUUUUAUAUUUUUAAAAAUCGAAAAAAUUAAUUGUCUAGCUAUUUUUGAAGAAUCCUAUCUAUAUGUUGAACUACUAACAAAAAUAUCUUAUUAUUGUAAUAUUUAUAAUAUAAAUAAUUUCUUAAUAUCUUUAAUGGAUAAAAGAGUUGAACAUCAUUUAUUUUAUAUAAAUAGAAUAUUAGAAAAAUUCAUUUACGAAAAAGAAGUUAUUAUAUAUCCAUAUAGUCCUUAUGAAAUUAAUGCAUCAACAAAUGUACCUAAUAAUCAAGAUAAAAAAAAAAAAAAAAAAUCAACAAAAAAUGAACUUACAUUAUUUACACAAAGAGUAUUAUAUAUAUGUUAUAAAUCUAUUCUUAAUUAUAAUACAAUAUUAUUGAAUCUUAUACAAACUCCUUAUUUUAAAAACUCCCAUUUUGUUAUACAUCUUUAUAUUUUGAUACUCAAGUCAACUAGACUCGUUACAAAUAUCAUUGAGCAUUUCGGAAAAAAAAAUACAACCCUAAUAAGAACGAUAAAAGCCAACGAUAACAAUUCAUAUGUACCAAUAUGCCUUGAUAUUUUAAAUACAGAAAAAGAAAAGAAAAAAGAAAAAAUACAUUACACCAGAGGAGUAGGUAAAUCCAAUUUUACGUAUUAUCUUAGUGAUAGCAAUACACGUAGUGAAGAGUCCGCUUAUCCUGGAGAAAUUAUUCAAUACAAUAAAUCAAUUGAUGAAUAUAUAAAUACAAAAAGAGUUUAUAAAAACGAUCACUUAUUUAAUUUCUUGCCAGAAAUUAUAUCAUUAAAAACUUAUUAUAAUAUAUUAAAAGAAAUUUUAGAAAGAAGUGCAUUCUUAGGAGCAUUCGUCUUAGAUAAGCUGAAAAAUUCAGACGAAGAUUCAUGUUUAAAACAAAUACUUGUAAGCAAUAUUUUUUCUUAUUUAAUACAUAUUAAUGCAACCUUAUUACCAUCAAAUAUAUGUACAAAUAAUCUUAAAAAAAAAUGUACACUCAUAUAUAAUUAUGUUAUGAAUGUUCAUAAAAAGUGA